UCCUUGAUUUUCUUCAUUUCAAAGGUGCAUUAAUGUUCUCCGUAUGAAGCCUGCAGCGCGAUAGUUAGAUCUCUCGUCAAAAGAUGGAUGUCCGUGUUUCAUUCCAUAUUGUGAAAUGGUAGUCCUCAAAAUAUCACGUCAAGCCACUACCAUGAAUAAAUAGCUGCUCUGUGUUAUUUUUGGGAGUAGCAGUUUCCAAGACAGUCAAUAUGAUCACAACCAUUAAGUGAGUAGAAAGUGUUUUGAAAGAGUAGAACGAGCUUUGUUGACUGAAAUGGCUGGGUCACAGCUGAAAAGGAAGAGUUUGCUGUUUUAAAGCAUAGCAGACAUUUUAGACAUUCUUAUUGGGAUGCUUCAGUAAUGCAGUUGUGUGAAAGACUGAUAAGGGAAUGUGCAAUAGCAGUGCUCAUAAUUUAAAGUGCCCAAAGUUGGCACGGUUUGUGCUAAUGUAAAAUAGUAAUAAAUAUAAAUCUUGUGUUCUGGAAUUCCCGGGUCUGCUUAUUAGCAGAUCAGUGUGUAAACACUGGCUCAGUAUGUCUAGUACUAGAAGGAUGUGUUUUGUUCUUGCGAAGGGAUGUGUGCGUGCUCUGCAGCCCUGGAGCCUGUAUGAGAUAGGCUAGAUUCAGAUGGAGCUGUACUCUGUGUUUUCUAAAGGAAGUCUGUUUUCUGUAAACCACACAUGAAAACAGUAAGUAGAUAAUUUCUUACUGCAAUGCAGAUAUUUCGGCAGUUUUAUAUCACAACUAUUAGUGAUUUCACUUAAGCUGCCUAAUAAGAUCUUGCCAGGAACACCCUAACAGGUCACCUCAAUCAGAAUUGCAUAUUCACUGUUGCUCCUUGGUCGGAUUGGGACUGGCAGUUUCCAGUUCAUUCCCAGAUCUGCACCCAUUAAGUGCAUAAAAAUGGUUUGAAAGAGUGGAAAGAGCUUUGUUCACUGAAACAACUGUAUUGGGAUUGAAAGGGGAGAGCAGCAGAUGAAAGAGCUAGGGGCAGGGGAUGAAUCCCAGCAUUUGCACCCCAUGGUUCUCAUUGGCCUGUAGUAGCUGUUUUUUCUGUUACAAACUUGAGCCCUGAGCGUCCUUGUUGAUCUGUGCAGGCUCUUAAGGCUGUCUGGCGUGUCAGGACCGGAGCCUCGGAGCAGUAGGGAGUGGUGUUUAUCCAUGGUCAAAGAGGGGAAACCACUAUGCCAAAACAAAGCCUGUUGUCUGAUGAGGCCAGUGCUAAAGGUAAUGUGUAAAGCAGUGGUGAUUGCUUCUUCAGGAAAGCAAAUGGAAGCAAGAUAAAUGGUCCUUAAUUGAAUUACAGUUGGUACUUUAAGGUUUAUGACAUAAUGCAUUUAGGCUCAAUUAAGGCAUUUCUUUUUAAAUGUCCCUUCAGGACUUCAAAAUGUUGCAAAGAACAAAGCAAACUAUCUGAUUGUGGUUGUGCAAAACUGGUAUGUUAUUGGUGUAGCUGAAACUGAAAUUGCACUCACAUGAGUUCAGUCUCUGUGUCUGUAUUGUGCUACACGAAGUGAUUUGGUGUAGAAAACAUUUAUCAUAUUAAAGCAUCUCUUUGGUUCGGUGGUUUGUUUUUUUUUUUUUUUUUGUCUUUCCAUUUUGUUUUGGUGAAGAUGGUGUGGGGGACGUGGAGUUGCAGAUUGAUGAUUGUUUGUCUGUAAACUGUCUUACUGGAACGGAGACUGUAGGAGGCUUUCUCAUGGCUCUUAGUCAGACCAGUGCCUUAUCUAAACAGUAUUUGACACUUGAAGAUGCUACACAUGGCUCUCAUCCAGCCUACCCACUUGAUCAGAGCAGCCAGUAUGGUCAUGCUUGCAGCAGAGUUUGAGGAGGACUCGUUUGGGGAACCAUUCCUAUGUAUCAAAUCACUGCAUGCUUGCAAGUCUUUCCUUUCUGAUAAUGUCCUUUCACUUGAUUUAAUGUAGUUCAGAGGUGCACCAGGAAGGAGAAUUUGGUACCUUGAUGAAGGAAGUCACAAAAUGAGGGCAGUGCUGUGUUCUGACAUCACCACGUGGUACUUUUUUUGAUGUUGAAUUAAUAUGCAAUAACUUGUAGCGGUAGCUAUGCAGCAGCUCAAAACAAAUGCUGCAAAAACUUUGAUCUCAGGCAGUGUUUGUCACUACAAGUGUAAUUAUCUGUGUGGACCAUUAGUCUUAAGACUAGUAAUAGCAGCAGUGCGGGAGAACUUGUGGUAUCCAGUCUGAGGCAUUUCUAUCCCACUGAUGUCAAACAGGCUGACAGCAGGUAGGAGACUGAAGACAGAGGUCAAGUCUUGCUGGGCUCAUUGUUUGCCUUCUGUUUUGUGGUGAAGCUGGGGAGAAAUUGUAUCCUUGAUCUUUACCUGAAAACAAUAAGAAAGGAGGAGAUACAGAGGAGGAUAUGUAAUUAGAGAAAUAAAAUGGCAAUUCAUGCUGCUCUUUCAUACCAUUUCUUGCAUUAAAAAGUAAAUUCCAUAAUUCCAGUCUUCUUAUUUUCUAAUUUCUUUAGAUUCAACUUACAGUGAUAGGAACAUUCUUCCCUUGGUAAGAGGUAAUUCUGAUAUGCAAAAUUUGAAACCUAAGGGAUAAGACAGGUGAAAUUGCAUUGCUUUAAUAAAUAAGGAAUAAUUUAAAUGAUUCCAGACCCAUUACUGAUUACUUUAUCCUUUCACAUGUGAAGGCAACAAAGGAGAAUGGUAAAAAUUUAGCCUUGGUAAGAUUUGGCUGUAUAGCGCUAAGCAUGGCUGGAUUUGAAGAGCAAUGGAAACAUUAUGUGUUUCUUAGAGUGGGUCCCCCAGGAAGUUGCGAAGAUGCCUGAUCGGGAAACUGGAGUUCAGAUCCCACCUCCUCCCUUGCUCAGCCUUCUUUGGGUUUCUGUUUUGGUUCUGAUUUGUUUCUUAAUUUAAGCAAUCACCUCUGUGGUGUAUGCUGAUUGCAGUCACUCUUGUCGUAUGCUGCCUGGUCAUGAAAUGCAUCUACAGUGCCUAGUGCACUGAACUUGGUAGAGGCAGGUGUUGCCUUCUGGAAGGAGAAUUGCAUUUCUUGGUUUCUGUUGUACCUUUAAAAUUUUUCCCUUUCCUUCCCAUCUGCAAAGAGACUAGCCGGUGUUCAGAUAUUCAUGUACUGACUCCUGCAGCCCUUUCCUCUUGUGCAGCCUGCAGUUUGGGAUGACUCCACCGGUAGAGCACUGACUUGCAAUCAGGAGACAUGGUGGCAGAGCCAGAGGUAAAAGCUAUCUGAUGGGUGACUUGAGGCAUGUCAUGACCAGUCAGUGCUGCAGCCAUAAAAUGGAGAUAAUGAUACUGAUAUCGCUCUUUGGUAAGGCAUUAUGAAAUGUUUUCAUGAGUAUUUCUGCUCCAGAGCCUGGGUGUUUUUAGCCUCGAUUCCAGGGAAGUGAGGUGUGUGUGGUUGUGGUGAUGAUGUCUGUCUGUCUGCUUGUCUGUCCCCAUUUCCCCACUCCCAUAAUAUCGUCUUGGCUAAUUCCCACCAAAUCCAGUGGGAAGUAGAAGUCUCAAAGACAAUUAAAUUCCUAAAAAAUUUUUUGCUUUUGCUGACCUCAGCAGGCAGGAAAGGUGAGAGGCAUGAGUGAAUGCUGGCACUGAGGAGGAAGGGACAAGCCAAGCUCUGCCCUUGCUAACUCUCUUUAGCAGUGGCUGGCAGCAAGUCCCACCACUGCAUCCAGUGGGCCAUGGUAGUCCUUGCCCAGAUGCCAGGCCAGCAUGGCAGGAUGUGGAGCAAGGCUGAACUGUUGGAGGAUGCCAGAGGGAAGAUAGUGCAGAGACAGGUGAAUUCAGAGGAACAGCAGAGAUGCAGAGCAUGAAACCUGCUCUCUGUUGGGUAGAAUGGGACGUGUUUCUUAGGAGGGCUCUGACUGAAUUUGCUGUUCGAAAUCCUGCUGGUGGUUUUGUUUCUGGCUGCUCUGAACAUGCCUUCCUUAUUUUCGUGGGAUGUUUUCAGUCCUCUUCUGGGCAGAGCUGCGUUCCUCUGCCACAAGGAACACUGAAUCUUUCCUGACACCUUUGGCAAACCUCUUGCGUUCCUUCCACGUUGCUUGUGUUUAGCAGUAAAUGCAAAUUUAGAGCUGCCUUCUUUCCCUGUAACUGUGGGACUUCUCCCCAUGUAUCCCAAGUGGAAGAGCCUUCCCAUUCUUAUGAAGAAUUUCUCUGAUUGUCCUCAUUAUACAUAUGUAAUGUCUGGCAGGCCCUGUUUUCAGUGACUGGCUGAGUUUCUCCCUUGUACAGCUCUAUUUGUGCCUCCAGAGCAUUGGCCUUUUUCUGCACAGGGCCUCUCACUUACUUGACACAGCUCUCUGGUUUUGUAUUGCUCUGUACGUUGAAGGCAGCUACACAGUAGUAGUAAUAUUCACAGGGAUGUAAAUUUAUUAUCUUGUGUUUAGUAACUCAGUGGGGGCACAUGUUUAUCCUCUACGCUUGAGUGCUGUUUUUAAAUAGUACUGUAUAUACAAUAGAUAGAUUUAAAGUUGACUAACCAAGAAAACAUCCUCAAGGCUGAAAGAAUAAGCAUGAAAGAUAUGCAAGAGUUGCAGCCUGGUUUUUACCACUGGUUUGUGUCUGGCAUGCUGACGUACAUGGUUGUAGCAGUUAGAUGUCUCAUUUAUGCACCCAGAUAAAGCCAAGAUAGUUUAAAGCAAUCACGUUCAUCUCGUGUCUUGAAGAACAAGUUUAUACUUUGCAAGAGAGAGAAGAUUUGCAAAUUGAUUAUUUUUUUUUUUUUUUUUAAAUAAAGGGAUAUUUACGUAAGCAUCCUUUCACUGGGAAGAAGGGACAAGUAAACAAGUCGCAAGCUGACCAAAGGCUCUGUGGCUUCUGCAGAAAUAAUUAUAUGAAGACCAAGACUCUUGAACUACUGGCAGAAUCCAGAGGAGCUGUCGGAGGAUCGUGCUCACGGGGAGAUGAUUCCUCAUGAAGUCACUGGAUCCCUUGCAGAAAUCAAAUGUGACUUUCCAUUUAUCAGACUGAAAUCAGAGCCAGCCAGACAGUGAAGCAAGCACAGUGGAAGGGGGACGGCGAAAGAUGAAAUCCAACCAAGAGCGGAGCAAUGAAUGCCUGCCACCUAAGAAGCGAGAAAUCCCUGCCACCAGCCUGCCUUCGGAGGUGAAGCCGGUCCUGCCAAACGAAAACCACCGUGCAGAUAACCUAGCAUGGCUCCCCAGCACACCCAGCAGCCAGGGCGGCCUGGGGAGCCGGCACCGGCCUGGGGGGACGUCGUCGGUGGAGGCAGGCUUGCAGCAGGGUUUGCACAAGUCGCUGUCUGCAGGGCUGGACUAUUCCCCGCCGAGCGCGCCCAGGUCCGUUCCAGCCUCCACCACCCUUCCCACGGUGUACUCGCCGGCCCUCUCCCAGUCAGGGACCCCCGUUUCCCCCGUGCAGUACACGCACCUGCAACACACCUUCCAGUUCGUCGGGCCCCAGUACAGCGGGUCGUACACCGGAUUCAUCCCCUCGCAGCUGAUUUCCCCAACAGCCAAUUCUGCAACCGGCGCCGUGGCGGCCACGGCUGUUGCAACCACUCCAUCCCAGCGCUCCCAGCUGGAGGCUUAUUCCACUUUGCUGGCCAGCAUGAGCGGCUUAAGCCAGCAGGGGCACAAAGUUGAGCCGCACCUGGUCAGGACGCCUGGACUGAUCGCCGCUGGGUCUCCUCCACCCGCCCAGCAGAACCAGUACGUCCACAUUUCCAGCUCUUCCCAGAGCACUGUCAGAAAUGUCUCUCCUCCAACCAUCCCGGUCCCUCUGCACCCCCAUCAGACAGUGAUUCCGCACACCCUCACACUCGGCCCUUCCUCCCAAGUAGUGGUGCAGUACACCGACUCGGGGGGCCACUUCGUCACCAGGGAUCCCCCCAAGAAGCCUGAGAGCAGCCGGCUGCAGGCGAUGCAGGCCAAGGAGGUACUGAACGGCGAGAUCGAGAAGAGCCGGAGGUACGGCAUUUCUCCCUCUGCUGACAUGGGUCUAGUCAAAGCAGGCAAUAAACCAGCUCCCCAUCAUUACGAGACCAGGCACGUGGUAGUCCACUCGAGCCCCGCUGAGUACGGCACGCGGGAUUCCUCAGGUGUCCGAGCCUCCGUCAUGGUAGUCCCCAACAGCAGCACACCCACAGCGGACAUGGAGGUGCAGCAGGCCACCAACCGCGAGACCUCUCCAUCAGCCCUGAAUGACAAGGGAAGCUUGCACUUAGGAAAGCCAGCCCAUCGGUCCUACGCCUUGUCUCCGCAGCAGGCUCUGGGCCAUGAGGGGGUGAAGGCGGUGGCCACGCUGUCCCCUCACACCGUCAUUCAGACCACCCACAGCGCCUCCGAGCAACUCCCCGUCGGGCUGCCGGCAACGGCCUUCUACGCCGGGACCCAGCCACCGGUGAUUGGCUACCUGAGCGGUCAGCAGCAAGCCAUCGGGUACCACGGCAGCCUGCCGCAGCACCUGGUGAUCCCUGGCACCCAGUCCCUGCUGAUACCGGUCGGCAGUGCGGACGUCGAGCCGUCGGGAGUCGCGCCUGCGAUCGUCACGUCGUCUCCUCAGUUUGCAGCAGUGCCUCACACGUUCGUCACCACCGCCGUCCCCAAGAGCGAGAACUUCAGCGCGGAGCCCCUCACCACCCAGCCCGCCUACCAGGCCACCAUGGUGCAGGCGCAGAUCCACCUGCCCGUGGUGCAGUCCAUCGCUUCCCCCGCCGCCGCGCCCCCCACGCUGCCCCCCUACUUCAUGAAGGGGUCGAUCAUUCAGCUGGCCAACGGGGAGCUGAAGAAAGUAGAGGACUUGAAAACAGAAGACUUCAUACAGAGUGCGGAAAUUAGCAACGACCUGAAAAUAGACUCCAGCACUGUGGAGAGGAUUGAAGACAGCCAUAGCCCAGGCAUUGCCGUGAUACAGUUUGCGGUUGGGGAGCAUCGAGCACAGGUCAGCGUGGAAGUCUUGGUAGAAUACCCUUUUUUUGUAUUUGGACAAGGCUGGUCAUCCUGCUGCCCCGAGAGAACCAGCCAGCUCUUUGAUUUGCCAUGCUCCAAACUUUCGGUGGGGGACGUCUGCAUAUCACUCACACUCAAGAACCUGAAGAAUGGCUCUAUUAAAAAGGGCCAGCCCAUGGACUCAGCUAGUAUCUUGCUGAAGCAUUCAAAGAAUGACAGUCUAGCUGGAAGUAGACACAGGUAUGCGGAGCAGGAAAACGGGAUUAAUCAGGGAAGCGCACAGAUGUUAGCUGAGAACGGUGAACUGAAGUUUCCGGACAAAAUAGGAUUGCCUGCAGCACCUUUGCUCACCAAAACAGAACCCAGCAAGCCCCCGGCAACGAGGAAGAGGAGGUGGUCAGCACCCGAAACACGAAAACUAGAGAAAUCAGAAGAGGAGCCACCUUUGACUCUUCCCAAGCCUUCUUUUAUUCCUCAGGAGGUUAAGAUUUGCAUUGAAGGUCGAUCCAAUGUAGGAAAGUAAAAGUUGUUUGGGGAAAGGAAAUUAGGCUAUCCCUUGUCAUUUUUAUCCAGAUUACUGUACUGUAGACUAAAUAACCCAGUAUUUACAUGUUAUCAUCUUAUUUUAGGUUUAUGUUAUAACCUUGUUGUUAUAGUUGCAGCUGGUAUUAUGCAGGAGACUGGUGCAUAUGUUUUUCCACAAGUGUUUGUCAGUGACUAGGUUUAUCGAGAGCUACAGAAGGGGCAGUAUCUGCUUCACACACCCUUAGUGGAAAUGAAUGUGUUGUCAUGGCUCCUGUUUUCUAACACCUCGUGUAGGACAGGGUCCAGCUGUGAUUUUGUUUUCCUUUUGUCCUUGUUUUUUUUUUUUUUGUUUGUUUUGUUUUGUUUUUGUUUUGUUGUUUUGGUUCCUGUUCUAGGUUUUUUUGGGGGGAGGUGAGGAGAAGGGAACUGUAGCAGAGGUGUAUGUCACAUGUGGGUGCAUGUGUGUGCGUGCGUGCAUGUGUGUGUGUGCACGCCGGUCCCGAGGAGGGACUGCGGCUCUGAGGCGGGCUGGUCAAGAGGUUUCCUCACCCCAGGUGGAUGCUGAGGACACAACCCAUGGGUGGUAUUGAAAAGGAUCGGAUAGUCUCUGAUGUUUUCAACAACAAGCCAACUCUUACUCAACGCUCUACUAUAUAUAUAUAUAUAUAUUUGUGUGUGUGUAUAUGUAUAUAUAUAUUUUUCCCCCCAUGGGGUCUGACUGCACUGAUUUUUAUUCCUAAAAGCAACUGCCACACCAACAUUUCCUUUCUGCUUGCUAGUGCAGUUCCAUAGCCCGGAGUCAGCCGGCGGGGAGGCUGUCCGGCCUCUCGCAGCGGUCACCCUGCCAGGUUUUCCUGCAUGGCAGGGGAGUGCGUGGUGGGGGGAUUGGUGCGUGUGUGUGGCUUGGGUGCGCGUGAGUGUGCGAGGAGGCCUGCGGCUCCGUGGAUGCGCCUGGCUCAGGCUCACUCCUGUUUCUGUGCAGUGUUAGACAAAUCGACCGGGUUACGCCAUUGACAUUUGCUUCCACAAGGUAGACGCAUACUGCCCCUUUGAGAUCACAGGCAUCCAUGGUUUGCAGUUAGGUUGCAAACCUUUAACUCUAGUACUGGUUUUAGUUCAUGACUAUGGACAACUGGUGCCACUUCUUUCAAAUUGCGGUGUGACACAGGAAUCCGCUGUUGAAGAUGAACCUAGAAUGUCUUUAAGCACUUAAAAUGCUGUUCACACUUUAUUGCUGAGCAUCCUGGUCUAACACUCAGUACGUACUGUAUCUCACUUUAAUCUGCUCAGAAAGCAACAACAACAAACAAACAAACAAAUCUCUUCAACACUGUAACUACAUGCAACUAUGUAAAGUUUUCUCACAGGCAAGAUGCUGAAAGUUUUAAUGUGGUUUCAAAGGGAUGAAUGUGAAUUAUUGAACUAGUAUGUGACAGUCAUUGUCCACAAAGGACUACUUAAUAGGAGGCACUUUUUAAACUUUAAUGCUUGAGAAAGAGUUAAAGGCAUAUGUGAGCUGACAUAAUAAAAAGAAAAAAAUAAGAGAAAGGAAAAAGGAAAGAGGAAAAAAAAAUCAUUGUCCAGUGUUUUUUGAAAAAGAUGGACUUUAAAGAAUCUUGCAAUUUGCACAUCUUGAGUUUAUCAUUUGUGUGGUAUUCCUGCAGUUUUUACCUAAUAAUGUUGUGGGUUGGGGGGGGUUCUGAAAGAGCAUAAACAAAUGUAGCAAUUACUCACUAACCUGCCUACGCUCUAGGCCAUUUCAUAGGGUUACGUUCCUUUCAGAGUUCAUUUUUGGUCUUUCUACCGUAUCUGCCACACAGAACCAGGUCCUACCGGGACACCUCUGAGAAUUUUUCUUCAGACUUGCUGAGAGAGUUUUCCACAAGAAACAUUUCUAUACUUAAGCAAGGUGUUUGUUUGUUUUGAAAACAAACCUAUUGUUAUUUUAUUAUUAUUAUUAUUAUUUGUUAUUUUAAUUGCAUCGUUUUCCAUUGGAAAGGCGACAUUUCAAGAGUUUGGUACAAACCAAGUAGGAUGCGGGGGGGGGGAUUCAUGCCGUUCAGUCUUUUCUUUCCCCAGGUAGGGCCGGAUCCUUUGAGGUGCUGUGCACCCAGCCUCCUGCACGAGCCUUGGGGAGGUGCAAGUAUGAAGUACUCCGGGGCUGAGCGCUAACGCCUGUCGCUGCCACUAGAAAGAUCCCGUUGCCUUUCAGUGGGAUUGCGCUCGGGGCCCUACGUGAGCAAGCGUCCGUGUUGUCGGGUUUGGUUGGCGAGUUCACAUCCUUCAGGUAGUUUUGAAGAAGCUGUACUGAUAGGGAGAAAAGGAAAGAAAAGUCCAUCGUUAGAAACGCAGUAACCUAAAGUGAACAAAUGUGUUUAAAAUCUUGUUUUCCCUCUCCCCUGAAAUAACAGUGCUUUUAUUUAAGAGAAAAAAAUGUUAACCCCAAACCCCAGCUUUGACUCUGUGACUUGUUACUUGAAAUUUAGCUCACACCAGACCUAAUUGUUUUUAUACCAUAUUCUGGGGUGCACCAAAAAGUUGAAAUACGUUUAAAAUAGCUUGAAACUUUUCUUGAAUUUCCUUGAAUUUUAUUAACCUCUCAGCAGGCUACCAAAUAGCUGAGUGGGUUUCUUCUCACAGUCACACUGCUUAGUUAGUGCUUAUUUGUUAAUAUUUCUGCUCAGAGAAGUUGCUUAAUCUUCCAUAUACUCUGCUCAGGGCACUUGCAAUUUAUUGUUUUGUUUUGUUUCCUGUUUUGUUUUUAAGCUUUGAUGGUAAAGGAAUAGAAAGAAUUACAGGUUUUAGUUCACAGUUGUACCACUAUUUCCGUACGUCACAUGUACUCGGGAAAAAAGAAAUAAUCUCAAGUAAAACCAUAUGCAUACACAGUUGUGGUUAAUAAGGAAGCAGGGGCUAUUAAACUGACUGGAUCUAUUCAACUAACACUAAAAAAAAAUAUAAAAAAUAAUAAUAAUAAAAAAACAAGUUUGGAGCAAUAGGAAUGUAUUAGUUCUGUGCUUGUAUUUCAGACUGAGGAAUUCUGAAAUAACUGGUUCUUUCCAAACAAUUGUCCCUUUCCAUGCUUUGGCUUUUGUAGGAUGUGCAAUACUUUAUGUGCCAACUUAGACUCACCCGUGCGGUGUUAGCUAGAUCUCAUACCCACUUCUGAUCUCCCCUCAUUUUGUUCUUUUUUGAAUAGGUUUUCUUUCUACCUUUUUUUAAUUCCCUAUUAAUAACUCCCUUCCUGUUCCCCCCCCCCCCCCCCCCCAAGAAAACAUAUUAAGGGUCAAGCAUCCCCUGCCCCGGGAAACACAAAUCUUUUUUGUAUUUGACGAUAAAAAAGAUCCAGGAAGAAAAACAAAGGAAAAAAAAAUAGAUGUAUUAAUGUCUGCGUGUCGUCCAGGCCGAGUGCGGCUGAGCGCUGUGUGGCACGCAGACAAGUCCUGGCUCCCAUCAGGGAGAGAAGAGCCCCCCUGGAGACCAAGUCCUUUGCAAGGGGGGGGGCUUUGCCCCUCCCCACAGCCCCGAGCAUCCCUUGCAGCGAGUCCCUACGCCAGGGAAGUGCCAUCAACCCUGGGCACAUGCAGAAAUUCCACUCGCCGUUGUAGAGUUGCCGAGGCACAGCCCAAGGAGGAGGUUGAGCCGCUGCUUCUGCAGCGUCUGCUUUGCAAUAGUAACUGACAGUAGUUUUCUUUAUCUUUCUGUCCUUUUUUCCUUCCUUUCUUUUUGUAGCAGGCCUGUUUAGUUUACAAUGAAACGCAUACAAUCACCAAGAAAUUAGUCAGGGCAAAGAAAAAUAAAACAAGAACCUCUUUAUAGGGAUUUCUAAAAAAGAAAAUAAUCUAUCUGUCUAUCUAGCUAAUCUAUCUAUAUAUCUAUAUAUAUAUAAAAUGACUGUUCCUUAUAGUGUUUAACUUAGGCAUUGUUUCAGUUUGUCUGGGCCACAUCACGGGGGAUUUGAGUUUGAUGUCACUUACCUCGAGGCCUCUGGUCGAGACCCAAACCGGAGCUGCUGUUGACCUAUUUUCCCAUUUCAUACGUUGCCCUUGGGCUCGCUUUUCCUCGAAGACGCAGGCCUCGGGAGGAGGGGGGGAUACACCUUCCUUUUUCUAUUCCUUUAAUUCCUUCGUCCCACUGUCGCUUUGUUCGACCUGUCGUUCCUGUCAUUUUCUCGGCAUGGGGAAGUGACAUCACUACUCUUGUUUCCCUUAAAUCAAGGAACAUUUAGAAACCUUUCACACCUUUUACUCAGGGAUGGGGCUGGCAUAUGUGUGGUACACUGAUGUGACCAGAAGCAGCACUUUUACUGCUCCGGAGUAGGGAUGUACAAUGUUACAGACAAGUUUGGAUUUCCUGCAUCUCAUGGUUUAAACUUUGUAGAUCUCACUUAGAUUGCAAUACAAAAGCAGCAGGCUCAGCGUGAACUGUAGCUGUUGGUUAUCAUGAAAAUUCACUCUCUGCAGAGAUUUAUUUUAUUUUAAAGUGUGUUGCCAAUAGUAAAAAGGAAAAGGUGAAAUUCUGUUAAUUAUUGCAACUGCUAAAAAAAAAAAAAAAAAAGCCUGUAUCAAGGAGAGCAAAUCCUCGAUAUUUUUAAACACUAACAGUGUUAUUUGAAAGAGGGGGCCUCUUGGUGCAGUGCUCUGCGCAUCCUGGGACCCAGUUCUGCAAGCACUUAUACAUGUGCAUACAGGAGGUCCAGGCUGGCCGGUGAGGGCUGCUCAGGAGCGCACUGUGAAGCACAUGUAUAAAUCUUUGUGAACCUGAAGCUUGGUUCAGCCAGGGCCAGACCCUGACCAUAAUCAGGCAGAUGGAAGAGACUUGGGGUUCAUCCAGGCUCGCCAAGGCGGAAGCCCCAGGCUGGCAGGGGGGAUUUGGCCUGUUGAAACACUUUGCUGUCCCAGGAACUCGGCAAAGGGCGAAAUGGGAUGUGCUCUUGUACAAAUAAUUUCCAUUUCUUCCUUCCCCAUCACCACAGGUAACAGCAGGGUCCGCUGUGGGCUCUGGCCAGUGCUGAUGUGACAGGCAAGGGGAAUGAAGGCACCACCAGAGUGCAGGCAGUAAUUUCCCUUCCUCUGGUUUAUCCAACCCUCCUACCCCCCAAUCCAUAGCAAAAUGAGAACUUGUUGAUGCGGAUCCGCAUUCGUGCACACACACCUCCCCAGACAGAAGUGUCUGUUUGCACACGAAUCAAUACGUGUGAUUUGUUUUGGCACGUAUGCCUACGUGUCCACUUGAUUCCCUGUCCUGAGGACAGCCUUGCUUUGUGUCCAUAGGGGAACUCCAAACGCGUUGCACACCUCUACUCCAGAGUUCAAUUUCUUUUACAUAGACGACCUCGCUUCAGAUGUGUUACCUUUACUGAUAGGAUCUUUUCUUGUAGCACUAUACCUUGUGGGAAUAUUUUUUGAUGUAAACCUAAUUUGAGAAGCUUAUUAAAAAUAGAAACUUUUUUUGAAGCACUCACAUUGAGGAGUACAGGUAAUGUUUUAAAAAAAUUGCACAAAAGAAAAAUGAAUGUUGGAAUGAUUCAUUCAGUGUUUGACAAAGAGAUGGCUCUGUUUGAACAGUGAGUUUCAUACCUUGUUUGUAAAAAAAAAAAAAAAGUUUUUAAAUACAAAAGCAGAGAAAGGUUGAAAGUUACAUGUUUUUUGUAUAUAGAAAAUGUCAUGUCUAGAUGAUCUGAUUUGUAUUGGCUUUGGCCAGGAAAAAUUAUUACUUAAAAGGCUCUUAAAGAACAACUGUGCUUAAUUUUCUGUUCGUAUUACAUGGGUCCCAUUUCUGGGGAAUGGAGUCAUGCUUCAUAC